UGGCCACGCCGUGCCGCCAUGGCCAUCGCGCACAUCGCCACCGAGUACGUCUUCUCUGACUUCCUGCUGAAGGAGCCGCCGGAGACGCGGUACAAGGGGCUGCGGCUGGAGCUGGCGCUGGACAAGAUCGUCACCUGCAUCGCCGUGGGGCUGCCGCUGCUCCUCAUCUCCCUUGCCUUCGCUCAGGAGGUCUCCAUCGGUGCUCAGAUAAGCUGUUUUGCACCCAGCUCUUUCUCCUGGCGACAAGCUGCUUACGUGGACUCCUACUGCUGGGCAGCUGUGCAGCAGAAGCAACCAUCCCAGAACAACUUAGAAAACAUACCCCUGUGGCUGCAUAAAUUCUUCCCAUACAUCCUUCUGCUCGUCGCUAUCCUGCUGUAUCUACCAUGUUUGUUCUGGCGCUUCACUGCAGCACCUCACCUUUCCUCAGACCUGAAAUUUAUUAUGGAAGAACUUGACAAAGCCUAUAACAGGGCAAUCAAAGCUGCUAACAGCAUUCGCAGUGGAGACCCCAGGGAUCCUACUGACUUGGUUCCAGCUGUUAAUGAGAACUUGACACAGAGUUUGUGGGAAAUAUCUGAAAGCUACUUCAAAUACCCAAUUGUGGAGCAGUACCUGAAGACGAAGAAGAAUUCCAGAUGUUUAAUAAUUAAAUAUAUUACCUGCCGUUUACUCACACUAGUAAUUAUUUUCAUUGCAUGCCUCUACCUGGGCUACUACAUUAGUCUCUCCUCUUUGAGUGAUGAGUUUCUCUGCACUAUCAAAACUGGGAUCUUAAAGAAUGACACAACUGUUCCAGAAGUGGUUCAGUGCAAGCUUAUUGCUGUUGGUGUCUUCAAGGUACUCAGCUAUAUUAACCUGAUAGUCUAUCUGCUAGUGAUGCCACUGGUAGUGUAUGCAAUGUUUGUCCCAUGGAGGUGGAAUUCAGGUAUUCUCAAAGUGUAUGAAAUCCUGCCAACUUUUGAUGUUCUGAAACUUAAGUCAAAGUGUUUUGAUGACUUAAGCCUUUACCUCCUCUUUCUUGAGGAAAAUGUGAGUGAACUUAAAUCAUUUAAAUGCCUCAAAGUGCUGGAGAACAUUGCAGUUUCUGAGAAGUUUGAUGUCAUGCAGCUUUUGGUAAACCUUGGUACUAUUAAGACUGAUACCAUAGAUGGGAAGCCAGGGACAGCUGAGUUGGAGAAGCCUGAGGAAACAACUACAGAAGAGCUGGAAAAAGAUGCAACAGAGCUACAAGUUUUGACAGACCGUAAUGCAAGUGGCAAUGUGAAUCCGAGAGAAGACAAAAGACUUCGCCAGAGACUUACAGAUUCUUCAUGCUGAUGCUUCCCUGCUGCAGGAGGCAGGAGCUCUGUUCUGCGGGAAGGCUCCUCCUCUGCCUCUGCUGUGCUCAACACAAGGUGCUGCUCUUUGAAUGCGACCGUCUCCAUCGCCUGACAGUUCCCCAGAGGCCAAACUGGUUUACAGACUACUUGAUAUAUAUUCAGGAGUCAUAUGCCUGAAAAAGCAGGUUGUAGACUUUCAUUAUUUAUUAAAAAAGACCCUAAACAAACCACACCCAAGGAGAAAUAAGAAUAAAAGAUUUCUCUCCUGAGUGACAAGUGACGUGCACUGAAUGCAGUCGAAGCUGGCAGCUGGAAAAAGCUCACACCACACUGUACAGGGAUGGCAAACGUAACCCUGCAUGUAACAAAAAGAGAUGGCCACGUUGCAUCCUGAAGUGUUGGUCUGCUGGGAGUGGCCAUCUCAGUUCUGGGGUUUAAGUAAGGUAACUUUGGGCUCUCUGCCCUGGAAAAGGGGGUAGGGAGAUGGGGUUUUUUAGUGAGUCUAGUUAAUCUGUACCAGGUGGUGGCUGGCCACUGAUAUUGGCUGUGUCUUCAUGGAAAAAAUAAGAGGUUGCUCUGUAGCCUGAGAUGUCUUGGUUAGUCAUACCAACAUUCAUGUCUGGCAUUAAGUACGUGGCACUGGUGGAAAAGAAACUACAAACAGGCUUAGAAUAAGGGAGUACUGUAAACAUUAGGGAUUUUGAAUUUUCCAUGCGUUAAUAAAUUAAUAAUGUCUUAACACUUUUUUUACAAAAUGUACUGGUAUGUAAGCUAAACAUUAGUUUAAUUUCUCUCUCUUAGUUGUUUUGGUCUUAGUGUCUAACAAAUCUGCCUUGGCGUUUUGGACUGAAGAUCAGUGAAGUUGGUUCCAUUUUUGUAAAGCUUUGUUGAAGUUGUUUUGUAGUGUUUUUAUGCAUGGAAGCUUUUUCGACGUGUUUGUAGUAUCAAAUGCAAUAUUAGUUUUGCUGUUUUCCAAGCCAUGCUUGAGAAGAC